AUGAAAUACUUGCUUUUACCUCAUUUGUUUCACAGUGGAGAAAUACACUGUUUAGAUGUCAAUCUGGACAAUACUAAACUUGUUACAGGUGGUAAAGAUCACAACAUCAGUAUAUGGAACUUACAGGAAUUGCUUGCUGUGGCCAAUCUACAUAAAGAAGAUCCUGCGAAAUUAGGCUUGGACAAACUGAUACGCAAUAUUAAACCUUAUCAAGAGAUUACUUGCCACAAUCUGACCGUGUGUGUUCUUCGCUGGCUACCAAAUUCCAGUAAUAAAUUUAUUUCUUCUUCAGUGGAUGGAUCCAUAUAUUAUCACGAAUUCAAGAACAAUGAUGGUAACAAAAAACCUUUUACCACAAAGAUUUACCCAUUUGAAAAGGUGUUGAAUGCAAUACCAAGGCCAGAACUGGUGUCAAAGUCCUUGGUUGACUUAACUGUUUCCAAAGAUGGAAGACUAGUGGCUUGGAGUACGUUGGAUAAAAAGAUCUUUGUUUACGACAUUGAAAAAAGCACAUUCCAAGAAUUAUAUGCUUCAAGUCUGGAGGGCGAGGAGAGUGCAGUUGUGCAACGCAGCUUGGCUUUCAACAAUGUUUGCAAUUAUCUAGUUUCAAUAGGAGAUGAUACCCAAAUCAAUGUUUUCCAAUACAUUUAUGACCCCACUUCAACAUUAUACAAGUUUAGACUAAUUAAUCGAAUCACCAAAUUGCUCAAUAAAAAUCCGUUGAACGCAAGAUACAAAAGAAUAUCCUGGUCACCAAAUGGCGAACUCGUCACUGUUCCUACUGCGAAUAAGAAUCUGACGUCUCUUAUCACAUUGUUAUCUUCACAAGAUUGGAAUGCAAAGGAAAGCUUGGUAGGGCAUGACUUGAGCUGCGAGGUUGUCAAAUUUAGUCCAUGCUUGUAUUCUGAACUUGAAAAUGAAAUGAAUAACAUUUUCAAUGUCGUUGCUUCAGCAGGUUCGGAUAAAACUUUGGCGUUGUGGAACUCGUCGAAACAAACUCCAAUUACAGUGCUCACUGAUUUGGUUGAUGGGCAAAUCUACGAUAUUGCAUGGGCAAUUUCCAAAACAAAAAAGAAAGAAGAGGUUUCUGAGACAAAUGAAACGAUAAACAGCACUGGGAAUAACAGUUUGCUAUUUUGUUCAUCACUGGGCAAUUUGGGUAUUCUCUCUUUUGAUGCAAAUGAAUUGGGCUACGAAAUAUCUAACCAGACGUUAGACCAGCUAAAGAAAUUACAAGAAGAGCUGGUAAAACCAAUGUCAUAUAGAUAUGACUACGAGUCGAAUGGUAAUCGUAAACCCUCAGCUAUAGAAUACAUCGAUCAAAAAGAUGCCAUAGAUCCUUAUGCGGAGAUUCUCAAUAAAGACAUUAGGGACCUUAGAGACAAUAGGGACAGUAGGGAUGGAAAUAAAGAUGGUAAGGACGAAGCCAUUGACAAUGCUGAGCAGCGAAAGAAAAAAGGCUCCAUUAUUCCAGAGGUGAUUGACGCUCCUAAUCCAAUCAAGGCAUCACCACCACUAACUUUGCAUAAUAAGCAGAGUUUAUCGAAAGAGAACACCACACAAACACAACCAGAGAUACAGGCACAAACAGCACCAACGAAGCCAACCGCGAAUAUUGCUACAAGCACCGUUGUCGCUACCGACGCCAAUGUCGAUGCCGAUGCAAACUUAAACGCAAAUGCAAAUUCAACCGCAAAAAAAACACUUUCAGCCAGAACUACAAACACAUCCGCACACACAAACGGACCUGAUAUUUCUAAAACACAAAAAGUAUCGACAAAAAACGGUAAGCGACGGAUUCAGCCUACUUUACUUUCUAAUGGAAACUCUACAAAUACAGAAAUCAUUAGAAGUAGUGCACCUGAUGUUAAGCAACAGACAAACUCAGCAAUGGAAUUUGAUAAGCCAUCAUUUUCUGUAUCUGAUCGAUUUGCAAGGGCAAAACGAACCAGAAGCGAAGAGAAUGGCGAGGCCGAGCGAGGAAGCUCUACAACUAAAAAACCCAAAAGAGAGUUGGAACCGGUCAAAUUCAUAGGUUCAGUGAUUGUAAACCCCAACACUACGUUUUCCAAGAUACGACUAGCAACACCCAAGGUGCGAAUGGGAUUCCAAGUUUGCAGUAAAAAGGAUGAGCUGUUUGUUUUGGAUGUCAAAAAUGGCUCUGGCAAUGAAACCAAGCCUUCGCGAAUCACUUAUCUUCGAAACGAAAAGGAAGUUUGGUGUGACUUUAUACCUAAAUUUGUCCAAUUAGCUUGUGAAGGUGAAACCUUUUGGGUGAUAGCAACAGUUGACGGACAAUUAUUAUCAUACUCGAGAUUAUCAGGUAAGAAACUAUUGCCGACGAUUGUUUUAGGAUCUCCAGUUUCGUUUUUGGAAAGCCAUAGCAACUAUUUAAUGGCAACCACAAGCAUUGGUGAACUAUAUGUAUGGGAUAUGCUUCGAAAGAAAUGUGAAUUAACUUGUUCUAUCACGUCACUUUUGGAGCUCGGAACCAAAUUUCAAGAUGACGGGCUUCUAAAGUCUGAUAGCAUUACCAUGUGCUCAAUCACUUCCAAGGGUAUUCCAUUGGUUACGUUGUCAAAUGGAAUGGGCUAUCUUUACAAUAAGGAUUUAGAGGCUUGGCUAGUAAUCUCCGAGUCAUGGUGGUCAUUUGGUUCAUACUAUUGGGAUAGUGUUGAGGAUGAGCGGGAGAAAUCGUUGCAAACGAUGAAUAUGUUCAAUAACAAAGAAGAAUCGAUUAUAGAGCUUUUGGAGCAUAAGACAAAUAUCGAAAUCAUUAGAAAGACAAGAACAGGAAGAGGAAAAUAUUUCAACAAAAUGGCCAAGAAUAUGAUUAUGAAAGAGGGAUUCGAAAGUUUAGAGAACACCAUUUCGGUAAGUCAUUUGGAAAACCGGAUUCUUUGCUGUGAACUUCUUGGUGAACACAAGGAUUUUCACAAUUACUUUAAAAUCUAUGUACAACGUAUUUGCGAGUUGGGUCAAAAAGUAAAAUUAUAUGAAGUUUGUGAUGAGUUGUUGGGACCCGAUGUUCAAGCAUCUAAACAAGACUUUUCACAAAAAAAUGAUUGGAAACCUACAAUUUGUGGCUUUGACAAGAGAGAGCUUCUUAAAGAAGUCAUUGUGUUGUGUUCCCAGUUUAGAGAUGCACAACGAGUCUUGCUUCAUUUUGCUAAAAAGAUUAAUCUAGUUGGUGACAGCUCGGAAGUUGAACUACCGAAAGUAUAA